CUGAACCACAACAAGCUACAACUGAACCACAACAAGCUACAACUGAACCACAACAAUCUACAACUGAACCACAACAAGCUACAACUGAACCACAACAAGCUACAACUGAACCACAACAAGCUACAACUGAACCACAGCAAGCUACAACUGAACCACAACAAGCUACAACUGAACCACAACAAUCUACAACUGAACCACAACAAUCUACAACUGAACCACAACAAGCUACAACUGAACCACAACAAGCUACAACUGAACCACAACAAGCUACAACUGAACCACAACAAGCUACAACUGAACCACAACAAUCUAUAACUGAACCACAACAAUCUACAACUGAACCACAACAAUCUAUAACUGAACCACAACAAGCUACAACUGAACCACAACAAUCUACAACUGAACCACAACCAGCUACAACUGAACCACAACCAGCUACAACUGACAACCCAUUAUCAGUUUACGAACCAACCCCUAUUAACAUAUUCACAUCCACCCCCACAAUACCACAGAUUGUUGUGGUUGAUACAGAUGCUGAACCAGAUGCGUUACAACGAGAGAACAAACCAGUAAACUACGAUGCGUGGAAGAAUAUGCUGAUUCUUAUUCAACAAAUACGUCACUUGUUCGAAGACAACAUAUUAACAGACCAGGAAAUAAUAAAAACGAUAAAAUCUUCAGUUUUGUCGAUAAAUCUUGACUUGUGUUCUCAAACAUUGAAAGAGAUUGAAGAAGGUGCUUGCCAAACUUAUGUGGUGGAACCUAAUGCACUGGGAGAGCUCCCAUCACCUUGUAUUAACCCUGGAGAUUGCCAUGAAGGGAUUGUGAAACAUAUUGAUGACCCGUCGUCGUUUUACGUCAAACUUCAUUUCUUGGUUCGUAGCGAACGGAACAACGAUUUUACAACGAAGAAAAUAAUCGGCGCGAAAGUUGGUUCUUUGUGUGGUUACUAUGACAACGCAAUAGAACAAGUUUUUAUUAGACGUGGAAUUGUGGCAGGGAUUAUCGAAAGUGGGUAUAAAGUUGUAGACAUUGACUCUGGGUGUCAGGUCAUUCUUGCACAGGACGAUAUUUACAAACUACCUGUCACUGAAAAGCAAGACCCUCCAUCAGCUAUGUGGUGCUCACUUGCCGGUGUUGGUCCCAAGUCAGAUUCCUGGGAUGCUGAAGCAAUUGCUCAAUUUAAACAUCUAUUCCAGUCAGAUGAGAAUGAAGAGAAAUCUGUGCGAGUUGAAUUUAUUAAACCAGCGCAUGGGGGGUUGACUGCUAAGUGGUUGGUGAAUGUGACGACAGGAAACAUUAACAUUGCCUCCCAUUUAAUCAACGCUGGUCACGCAGUGUCAACUUUCACCAACGAGAAUGAGGAAUAUAAAUACUCAAUAGAUGUCAGUCUUCCAGCAAUUUCAAGGACACCGCUUGGUGCGACGUUUACCAAGGGUUUUGAAGGAAGUAGUUUGAAGCUAUCGUCGCCGCAGAUAGAAGAACCGCCAAGCUCUCUAUUACUGAUGUCGGAUAGCGUCUUCACUGAAUCGGGUGAUUUAAACUUGGAAGAAUCGCCAAAAGUUGCCGCGUGGAGGAUUUAUGAGAGUGUCAGCGAUAACGUGAAUGAGGAGGAUCAAAAGCCACCAACUGUUGAACUUAACACAGACGAAACACAAAGAUCAAAUCCUGAAUCUGUUACAGAUUAUGAAAGUGCUGAUGAGUUUGUUGCAACAUCAAAGUCGUCUGCAACAAUAGAGAACAAGACUCCAGAUAUAGGCGAUGGUGAAGAAAAAGACAAACAGGAUGACAAGGAAAGCAGCAAAUUGGAUUUCGAAACUCAUUUACAAUUGGUCUCCAAUAUCAUAGUAAACGAAGGUUUGAAUAAAGCAACUGCUAUGUUCAGUAGAAUGAACCAAGACAUAACUCCAGAUAUAUUGUUUGGGUCGCAGCAAGAAAUUGUAACAAGUGAUGAUACAACAACAAGUAUUGCUGUAGUUAAUGACGAUGUCACUGACAAAGAUUACCUUUUACCCCGGCACAGCAGCAAUGUUGUUUCAGCUAAAUCAUCGGUUGUUUAUGAUGAUUGUGAUGUCAUAGAUGAACAAUUGGUUGCUUGUGAUGUCAUAGAUCAGGAUUGUCUCAAAUCUCAAGAUAACAGUACCUUUGUUCCAGUUGCUUCCCAUAUUGAUAAUGUUGCAAUAAAUGAACAGCAGAUACUGAAGACUGCAGUUGAUUGUGUAAACUCUAUCAUAACAAAUGCAUUGGCAUCAAGUGAAGUGAUAAUGCCCACCAAUGGUAUGGAGAAAGGAGAUUCAAUGCAAACUGUUAUCACGGAUGUAAAAGAAAAAGGUUGCCCAAUCCGUGGUGCUUCUGAUGGUGAUUUGGUUACAGAAUUUGAAAUAAACAUGGGAUAUCUAUGUAAAUUGCAGUGUUAA